AUGGCUCCCACCAAGCAACAAGAGCAGAAUACGUUGAGAGGCAAAACACCUGCCACACAUCCAAACCCCAACUCCUCUGGCCAGUCGUCCAUGAUGGCUGCGCCACAUCCAAAUUUAUCAAUCGCUGAUUUAUCCAAUGACAUUUUAGUUAAAGACAUGACCAUUAGUGAGUUACAGAGACACCUAAAGGAAAUAGGAGGUGCCACAGUGGCAGUUUGCAAUCAAGCUGCAGUUACAGACGACUUGACAGCCCACCUGAUGGGAGACAAGACCCUGAACAAAGGGGAUGAAGAGUUCAAAAGGAAGCUGGA